GAGCAGCCGCCGCCGUGGGAGGACGCGUACGCGCGGCACCUGGCGCUGGUGCUGUCGUCGCUGCUGUUCGAGCGCGCGGACUUCCGCGAGCUCUUCUCGGCGCAGGAGCUGGCGCGCGCGUCGUGCUUCCUGACGGACCUCAAGCCCUUCGAGCAGCAGCUCUACGCGCGGCUGCUGCAACGCCGCGGCCCGUGGUUCAAGACGACGUCGCUCUUCCGAUACUUUAUCCGAGAACAAGAUAUCAAAAGACAGAAGAAGCAGCUCUUGCCAGUCAACGAACAGGUGCAGGACGUUCUCCACGUGAUGAUCGAGGCUGGGUUCCUCCAGAAGUUCCCAGUCACUGCAGCCGCGUCGCCUAAACGCACCAAAACCCAGGAGCUGGAGAGGCUGGACGCGGCGCUCGACGCCAUUGAGCGCUGUGCGACGGCUCCGGAGCUAGCGACGCUGUACAAGAAGAUGACGGGCAGCAAGAAGCACAUCGCCAAGGCGGACCUCAUGGCCGCCAUCAAGAAGGUCGUCAAGACCCAGAGGCGCAUCGACGGAUCGAGGAUCCCAGUGGCUCAGCUCAUGCAGCACAUUUGGCUCGAGUCGUAUCCUCUGGCUGGACGGAACAGCUCCGACGUGAUGGUAGUGCGCUUGACGCCUGCGACGCGGGACUUGAUGCUGCGGAUGCAUCGAUUGUUCUACUUUGUGUCGACGCCUCCGUUUAACGCGACGUCGUUGAUGCCGCCUCAAUCGGAGGACGCUGGUCAGUUGAUAGCGUUGGCUGCGCAUAAAAUUCGACAGGAGCCGACGCAGUGGCCGGGACUCAUGGUGUUUUUCAAGAAGGUCGCGUACCCAGAGUACAAACUGUCCACGGGCUCAGACGCUGCUGCUCAAAGGACCAAUUCUCAUCGUGUGUUCCCAUCGUCGGAGGCGUAUGUGAGCUACGAGGUGGCGCAUCAGCUGCAUCGUAUUAUGAGCGUCGUGGAGCAGUGCAUCCAGGUCGUGACACCCGAGAAAGAGUACCGGGAGCCAGACCUGGAGCUCAAGUUGAUGCUCUCGGACGGCCCGCCGGUGUUUCUCGCGUAUCAGAGGCUUUUGUACAUUAUUUAUGAAGAUGAGGAGGCUACCGAGAGUGAGGAAGACGGAUGUGUCAUUGUUGAGGGACAUUCAAGACAAGGGGAAGACAACCCUGCGACGGAUUGGCAGACGCGCAGCUGGGAGCAAUUCUACUGCGAGAUUGAUAAAAUGCAGUCGCUGGAUGACCUGGUGCUGGCUAGCAGAGGCUGUCUUCAGGCGUAUCUGAAGUGGAUGAAGGCGGCUGCGUACGGCUUGUCGGGGGUUCCCGUCUUCUUUUCCAAGUGCAACGCUGGAUAUCACUUGGUGCGUAUACUGCACACUGCAGUUGGUCUGUACGAGAAGAUGCGCAAGUAUCAGAUCGCUACAUUGCUGCUGAACGAGUUGCUGGCCGCCCCAUUUCUCGAGCGCAAGCGCGGCUACUGGUGGGAUCGGCUAGCCCUCAACUUGGAGCACUUGAAGUGUACAGACCAAGCUCAAGAUGCGUGUGUUAACGCGCUGGAGGACCCGCACGUGCUGGCAGCAGACCGAAUCGCGCUCGACAGACGCUUGAAUCGGUUGCAGCGUCAAAAAGACAGGAUCGAGUCCUUCUCCACCACUGAGAUGCUACUGCAAAACACCGGCACGAGCAUGAUCACUCCGUGCAAUGAGCACAAUGACGACAACGAUGAAGAGAAAGCGGUGUCCGCGGAGGCACGCACUACCUACAACUACAGGCAAAAUCACAUCGUGGGCCGUCCACUGAACCGCCAAAUGGGCGAGAAAUCGCGGUUCGUGGGUUACGACGACGAGCCCUGUACAGUCGAGCAGCUUGUGCUCCAGUACUACCGGGACCACUACAAUGGUGACAACCUCGGUGACGAGGUGUCUGCUGAGAAGGUGAAGACUGGAGGCUGGUACGGACUCCACUCGGAGGGGUCGGUGCUUAGAAACUUGUUCGGCGUUUUGAUGUGGGACGUGCUGUACGCGAGCAUCCCGGACGUCUUCCAGACGCCGUUCCAGUCCGCGCCGCUGGAUUUCGGGUACGCGGAUGUGUUUUACGAAGUUCGACGUGACCUGAUCGAGCGCCGGAUAUCUCAAGUGAAGGAGGAGUGGUCAUUCGAGAAGCUGCUAACAGCGUUUGUGACGAGAUGGUGCUCCGAGUACGGCAAGGUGACUCGGUUUGUGGGCUGGCCAAGCGACCAGGUGGCGUCGCUGCAGUAUCAUUUGCUCGCUAUCGCGGCAAUUGGGCGGAAACAACUCGCCAGCCUUUUGCGCUACAUGGCGACGUCGAAAGAGUAUCAUCAGGCGCAGAACGGUCUGCCCGAUCUGCUCCUGUUGAGGAUUGAACUGCCAAGACCUGACGAUGAUCCUGUACCGCUGUCUCCCGAGUGGCCGGUUGACAGUCACGACUGUCUAAACGUUCACGCGUUUUGCGGCUUGGAUGAGCAGCUGAAUAUGAACGAGAAGGUUCUGUCGAGCAUUCCGUCGCUGGAAGACGAUGAGGGGAAACUGAUAGAGGAGAAACUGGAGGUGGAACCGCUCGAGCGUGUGUUGGUGGAGGUGAAGGGCCCAAGAGAUCGUCUGAGCGACAAGCAGCUCCUUUGGCUCCAAGUCCUCAAUGAGGAGGUUGGUUUUGAUGCUAGCGUCAUGCACGUGGAAGAGCCCGAGAAGCACGCCAAGCGGAAGAAGAAGGAGGGGGCUGCUAGUACACCAAAGUCGGCGCCUAGAAAGCGGCAAACCAAACGACGAAAA